AUGGUGUUUUUUCAGAGUCGCCACAGUUGGAUGGGUCUACACCAACGUGCCUACAUCACGCAGUUUCUGCUACCGCCCAUUUUGGCUCCGACGUUGGACGUGCAACUGGACUGGAGCGAGCAAACGCGAAAACCGGACUGGGGCGAGCGAACGAUGCCUCCAGUGUGGGACCCCAGCAACCAGGCCCAGUACCCCUUCAGGAGGUGGUCGCAUGAUGUGCUGGUUUGGUCCGUGGCCACAGAGGGGGAUCCCGCACGCAAGGCAGCGCUUUUGUGCAUGAGUCUCCGAGGCUCAGCCCAGGAGCUGGUUCGGACGCUGCCGCCUGCUGUGUUAGUGCAGGGAGGACGAGUGAACGGGGCAGCAGUGGACCCAUUGUCCUUCAUCAUGCACCAGUUAGCUGAAAGGUUCUCUGCCUUGGGAGAGGAAGUUCGCCUGUCAGCAGUGACUGAGCUGCUCACCUUUGACAGGCAAGGCGCGGAAUCAGUGGACAACAUCAUUAACCGAUUUGAUGUUGUCAGGCAGCGGGCUCAUGAUCAGGGACAACUUGUGAUGAGCAUUACGGGUUUAACCUGGUUAUUGCUUAGAGCCAUAGGGGUUAGUGACCACCAGCUGCUUACACUCCUGGCCCCUUUCAAUGGUGUUUUCCCGCAGACCGAUGCAGAACUGGCCCAGCUCAAGACUCAGCUUCGCCGGAUGGGACACAUUCUGGAACAUGCCCCAGGAAACAUAGCAGCAUCCUUGAGGCCUCAGCGCAACGCAACCCGCCAGAACUUUUGGGCGCAGGCUGAGGUGGAGGCCACAUCCUCUGUGUGGCAUGCAGCUGAGGGCGAGGCUUCAAAUGUGUGGGAUGCCCACCCCGACCCCGGGCAGCGGCUGGGGCACCGAGCAACCAAGCGCCACAGCUUGGAUGGCGCAGGAAGCUAUGACGACCCUGCCAUUGGAGAGCAUCUCUUUUGGGCCUACCAAAAGGCCAAAAGCCAGUGGCGACGUUGGUCCCAGAAGCCUACGCGCACCGUGAGGUGGCCCGCUCAGCAUGGUUUUCAUGGCUUCUCCAUCGGACGACUCGUGGUCUAUGCCGGCCUGCAAGCACCGCCCAGCCUGCCACCGUGGGCUAUGAUGUCUGAGUUCAGCUUUGUGCAGCAACCUUUGGCUUUUGUCAAUCCAGAGCAGGAGCCCAUGAUCCCUGUGCGAGAUGGGCUACCCUCCGUGCAAAGCACCCUUGAGCCAAUCAAUGCCCAGCUUGUGAGUAGCCUGCACUCUGCCACUGCCGCAACCACCUUGCGUUGGCUGAACAAGCCGCCUGACCAGACCGCGCCGACCACUGAGGUGACAUCCCAACUCCAUGAAGUGCACCACGCAUCCAUUGAAGCCUUUGCCCAUGCCCAGCGUACCAUGCAAGAGCGCAGGAAGAGUUCGGAGCAGGUGAGUCUGUGGUUCGCCUUGUGUGCCGGCACUUGUUCCCACUGUUGGACCUCCUACCUGGUCCAUGAGGAGGCCAGGAUGCAGUGCCCCAACUGCCGUGGCAGCACUCGCAUCAUUGCUCGCUUCAACUAUGUGAGCCACUCUGUGAGUGGCACUCCUCAACCGCCAGCUUCCCCUGGAGGCUCAAGCAACGCCAGUCGAGGAGGCCAGGGCGCUCAAGAGUAUCCGCUCACACCGCCUGGCCGAGCCCCAAACCCGGACGUGCAAACUCCCUCUCCAUUUCGGGAUGCCCCAGGUGCCACAGGUCCAGAGGCCGAGGUCUUUGAGGAUGCACAGCCCACCUAUCCAUGGUGGCCCGCGGUUCAAGGGGAAGCAGCCAGCACAGCCGUGUACCACCAGUCCACUGUGCUCCCUGGCCACAAUGCUCUGCUGAUUGACCCUGGUGCUCACACAAACUUGGUGGGUCUGCGAUGGGUUCAGCAGAUGCAAGCAAAGGAAACCAUUGCACAGCAUGCUUAUGAAAGCCCCAUCGUGGAUGGUUCGGGAGCUGACCUCCCAGCUUUGUUGGGGCUCAAAUCUUUGCGGGCAAAAUCGGCCAUCCUUGUCCUUUCUGACCGAGACGAGGAUCUGCGCAUGAUCCUGCCAGGACCGGGAGGGGUAGACAUUGAGGCAACCGGCGCCGUUGAGUACCCCUUAACAGUGGCGCCUUCAGGACACCUCUUGCUCAUAUGUGAUGCAUUUUCUGGCCACCGCAGGAUCAACCUGCACACGCAUGAGCUGCAGUUCCCAGUGGUGCCAGAUGCCACUGAGUCCCCUGCAAAAUUCACAGCACAAGAGGAUUUUCACCAUGGCCUCAGCGCCUCGAACGUGACACCCCCAGUGUCACAUGGGAUUGGCCCUGACCCCAGCAGCGCGCCCGCAGUGCGAGCUGCCGAGAUGUUAGCCGAACAACUGAUUCGAGACAAAUGCUUCACUUAUGCCGCGUGUGAGCGACUAGUGCAAGUCUUGCCUGUGCAACACAUAGGCGAGCUUCGCCAGGUGCAUACAACAUCAGCUGCUCCUGCCCUGGAGCCUGUUCCAGCAGGAGGCGAGUUGUGGUUAGAAGUUCCUGUCAAUGAGGUUCGAUACCGCAAGGUUGAGUGGCGAGUCAAGGGCAAUGGUGUCCAGGUUUUGGCAGCAGUGGGCCAUGAGCCCACACGUGAUCAGGGUGUUCCGGAGCCAGCUAAAAGCUCCGCCAAAAGCUUCCCCGGCAAUGCGCCUCGGUCUUCUGUGGCCAUCGUGCUCGAGGACCACCCGGCAGUGUCCCCUCUCCUACAACAGCGUGGCCUUCAAGUGGAGCACCUGCAGCCUUCCCACGUCAAUAGCACGGCCACUGCUACGUUGUCCAGGCGCCUCAAAGAAGGCGCCGUCUCUUUUGUGUGGUUUGACCUGCCCAUUCCAGGGCGUCAGGUUGCCAAAGCCAAACUUAGUGCCCACGUCACACAACUUUGCGUCUGGCUGCAACUGUGCGCCGAGCAAGGUAUCCCGGGUGCUGUGUUUGGCGCUUUUGGCAGCCAGUGGCAGCAUGCUUGUUUGCAGGUUGCUCCCAGUCGCACCUGUUUCGUCAUGGCCUCUAAUGUUCAUGCGCAGGGCCACGCGUGCCGCUGCCCGGAGUCCCAAAAUGGACAUGUGUUGGACUGGGUUGCGCCCAAGCUGCCUCACCAACGUGGCGUGCGUGCGCAGAUGCAUGCUCGUAUGGCACAGCACGCGGUCCAGCAGCUCAUUGGCGCGGCCCAGCUAGCGCCACAAGCACCACAACGAAGCACACCCGACGACAAUCUCUACCAGUCCUGCGUGCAAAUUGGCCAGUCUGUGCCCGCCACGGCGAGUGACUCCUCUGCGUCAUCCCUCGGUUCUCUCCCUCCCCGAUCUGGGACAAACGAGGCCGGGCACGAUAAUGUUGCAGCCGCCAAUUUUGCAGACACUGCUUCCAAUGUGGAGUUGAGCGCCCCCGCAGGCUGCCCCUCCCAGUCCUUCUCCAACUCGCCCGAUGCAAGCCAUGCUCCGGAAACCCAUGUGCAGCCUGAACCAUGUUACCCCACAGAGGCCCGUCUUCGCCAGAAAGAGCGCAAAGCUCAGGGCCAUGUGGCACAGCCGAGGGCCAAGUGGGUUGAGGACCAUCACGAUGAUUGCGGGACCUUUCUUGAGUCCCUGGCAAGUUGGCUACAGACCAACACCUGUGAUCCACAGCACACGGCCCUGUGGGCAGCCUGUGUGGAUCUGCCAGUCCAAUGGUUCCGUUCCUCUGCAAGCGCCGUUGUAGUUCCUAGACUGCCAGGAGACUGCUUUCUUGCAAGCUCUAUUGCCGCAGCACGUGUUGCGCACCAGCAGUGGGGCCCAGGAAGGGGAGACAUCCUGUCCUUGCAGGGCGGCAGUGACCUCACCGCGGCCAUGUGGGCGCAUCGUGUGAGUCAAGGCUCGCAGUGCCCGAGCCUAUGGACUCUUUUGGACCUGCGAGAUCCUGCGUGCGCCACCGAUAUCUUAGGCUACAUAGAACGGUUUAAGCCACAGGUUGUUGUUCUUGCGCCGAACGCCCCACAGCAUUUAGAUCCUUCCACUGUGACAUUCGGCCGCAUCUGCGGACACAUUGCCCAGCAUCAAGUUCAGUCAAGCCGCCACUUUCUAUGUGAGCAGCCGGCGAGCUCCUUUCUGUCUCAGCUGACUCCGUGGCCCAGUGUUCUCGCAGAUCGAGCUCUGCAGUGGCUAUCCAUUCCGGGUGGCCCAGGCAAGCCUGACAUAGAGCUUUGGUCAUCCAGCGCUUGGCUGCUACAACCCUGUGUUCAACAACCGCUGCCGCCUCAAAGAGGCAACCUCUGGAGCCAGGAACUUGCGCACUUGGUGCAAGAUGGAUGCACGCUGCUGCUGGCAUCCCGCCACCUGCAGCAAGGGCCAUGUGUGGCCUUUCCAUCUGUAGCAUCCGGUCCCAGCGCCUCUGGCAGAGAGAACUCCGAGGAUGUCCCUCGGUCCGAGGCUGAACCCUGGCGCAAUUGUCCAGGCUGCAGGGGCCGUCAAGCUAGACACGACCCGAGACACACUCGAGUGGCAGGCCAGUGUCGUUACCCAAACGACGAGUCCUUGCAUUGGGACUGCGAGGGGUGUAAGUACCAUCGGCCCCGUACGCAUCCAUCCCACAGCAAUGGUCCCGAUUGCAGGUGCGGGAUUAUUGAAGCUCGUGCUGGAGGACCGCGCCGGGGACGGCAUCCAAGACCACCUGCUCCCAAAGCCUCUGCGUCCACAACGCAAGACCUUCAGGCCCAGCUGCCAGGUGGAGGCGACCUAGGUGCUGCGGAAGAGGAAGCCGCUGCAGCUGCAACACCCAACCCCAGCACUCCGGAUAUAGAGCCUGAAGAGCUGGCGCGCAUGGCAGAACUGCCUGUUCCAGACCUCCAGGAACCAGCCUCUGCCGCCGGAGCUGUCCGUGAGCGACCUCCCGGUGAGCGCGCUGCUCGCGAAGAACGUCGCCCCAAAGAUGCCGCCGCUGGCACGGAGUCUCCAUCGGACUGGGCCCGGUUUGAUGUGUCUCGCUCCCUCCGAGUCUUAAGGACUGGCGCCGACAAUGCCUGCAAGCUUGAGCUUCGCAAGCUACACCUCCGUCUGUGGCAUGCCGGACGCCAGUCCAUGACACAAGUCUUGCGGGCAGUCGGCGUUAAGCAAAGGAUUCUGGACAUGAUACCCGAAAUCAUCCAGACGUGUGCUGAAUGCCGCAAGUGGCAAUGCCCAGCUCCUGCCACUCAGCAUGCUCUGUCCGCCAGCUUGGCAUUCAAUCAGCAUGUUGAGUUCGAUCUCUUGUUCUACAGGCAACAUAUAGUCUGCCACGCCAUCUGCCGUGCUACCCGCUGGCAUGCCGCCACGGCUGUGGCCAGCAAAGACGGAGAGGUGCUACAAGAGGCCCUGUCUACAAUGUGGAUCACCAUCCACGGCCCAAUGGCCAACUUAAUCUCCGAUGGCGAAGGAGGCCUUUGGCGCAGCGAUGUAGCUAACAGGCUAAAGAGGCAAGGUAUCAAAAUGCAGUUGCGUGCCCCUCAACAACACGCGCGCUACAUUGAGCGUCGUGGAGCAGUGCUACGUGCCACAUUGCAUGUCAUGCAUGAGCAGCUUGAACGAGAGUCUGUGCAAAGCAGCUUCCCUAUAGUGCUGGCCGAGGCAGUGUUCGCUGGCAACUCCCUCACACAUGUCGGGGGUUCCACGCCCUACCAAGCUGUGUACGGCCGCCAACCGGCUAUGCUCCCACCUCUUGAAGCACCAGACCUUCCAAAUAGCGAGGAAAUCUCCGAGCAAGGGGAUUACCAACGUGAACGCGUCAGGCGCGCUGCACUGGAAGCUAUGAUGCAAGCCACAAGUAUGGCGCGCCUGAGUCGUGCAACCCGCACUCGCACCCAGCCAGAUUCCACACGCACUUUCCAGGCUGGAGAGCUGGUAGAUAUCUAUAGGCCCCAAAGUAGAAAGGAUGCCUCGGGUUGGUUUGGGCCCUACAGGAUUUCCCAGUCCCUCCCAGGACAGGUUGUAGUGCAAAUCCAAGGCGUUGACCGCACCUACCGUGCCCAAGAUGUGCGUCAUGCGCUCCUUGUCCUUUUCGCUGAGCACCAGCCAAGCGGCUGGAGCGACUGUUUGGAGCUCGUGCUCAUGGAAUUGCAUAGGCUGAAGCCCGGCCACACAGCACUGUUCGGGUUUGCUUCCUCGUCCUCUGGCAAUUGGGAGCUCACACCCGUGUCCAAAGCCAGGCCUCAGGUUCUCCAUGCCCUAGAGCACCUUCUUCAGUCUUGCUGGCGUCUCGGCGAUGCGUGUGCCGUACGCCUUGCGCGCGGAGUGCGACAUCUCAGCAAUGUGCCUCAAGCCGCCCACUCCACACUGCUUUGGUGGCACGUCCACCCUGAUAAGGACAUCCAGUUCUGCACAUUGGAUAGUACUAAGGUAGACCUACUAGGGGUGAUAGGACCAAGUUAUCCUUCAGCCUUAGUGGUUCAAGCUAUCCAAACUGCAGAUCAGGACGUCUCCCUUGCAGAAGCCUGCGACGGCACCGCUGAAGUCAACCAUGAAACCAGCGAUGGCCACUGCCUUCCGGACAGUGAUGGGGAGCGCGUCAGUGUGCAUACACCUCAUGGUCCCCUGUCAGCCAUUGCUGAAGAACCUGAAGCAGAAGAGGCUGCCGAAACAUACCUAGCCCAGGUUGUGGCCGAACAGGCUGAGGUCGUCCCCGCUCUGAGGGAGAUCUUCCACAUAAGUGCCUUUGAGACCCUUGAGCCCGUGUCUGCAACUGACCUGAUGAGUCCACCCAUCUGCUACGUCGAGCCUACCCCCGUCUUGUCCGAGCCAGUUGACCACUACUGCCAUUACCGCCAGUCUGGCCUCGAUCCCUCAUCCUAUGGCUCGCUCCAAGAGCAAGAUGAGCAAGGGAACGGGUAUGUAGAGGUUUGGUUCACUAGGGACUUUGCUAAGGUUAUAGGGGAUACCGAUAGGCUCGAAGCAGACGAAACAUACGCCUUGCGUGUGUAUGCUGCUGGGUUCAGAAACGCUGUCAUCCAGCGUGAAAGCGAUCUCCUCACCUCUUCGGAAAUUCGCCAGAAUCAGGCAGCGGUGGAUGCAGCCACUCUUGAGGAGCUGCGGAUCUGGAUGAAGUAUGGAUGCUUUGAGCGUGCACCACGAGCCUCAUCCCGCAACGUCAUGGAUUCCAAGUUCGUCACCAAGUGGAAGAAGACAAAGGACUCCUGCGGAACAGAGGUUCGCAUCAUCCGGCAGCGCCUGGCUCUCCGAGGUUUCAAGGACCUGCAAGCAGCCGAGCUUGAGGCGCACGCAGCCACAGGCAGCAGGUUGUCCCAGCGUUUGCUUUGCAGUGAGGCAGCCUGCAGGCCCCACUGGCGCUUUGUGGCACUGGACAUCAGCAAGGCGUUCCUUCAAGGCCUCACCUAUAAAGAGAUCGCCUCUCGAACUGGCGAGGAAGAGCGCGAUGUCUGCUUCACCCUUCCCCCUUCUGCUGUGCCUUUCCUCAGGCAACUCGAAGGUUUCGAAAACUUCGAUGAAAGGCAGGAGGUGAAGCAUAGGAAUGGCGAGCUGGUCCUGAUCCUGGUUAAGCACGUUGACGACUUGAAAGUCGCAGGCGAACCCCAGGAAGUAGAGGCCCUGAUCCGUCACCUGGAGGCAGGCUUUGGAAAGCUGACCUUCAACGAGGCUGAGUUCACCAACUGCGGCCUACACCACCGUCGCUUGCCGGACGGCACUGUCAGCAUGGACCAAGACGAAUACAUCUUGGCAAUGCGGCCCAUCCGCCAUGCUGAGCUCACUGGCCGCCCCAGCACAGAGCCGUGCAGCGCAGAAGUUCAUCAGCUGUACCAAAGCUUGCUUGGUGCUGUUGCCUACGCCCUUUUCUCACAGGCCUGGGCCGCUGUGUUCGUUAUUGCCCUUCAAAGGCGCACUUCCAACCCUCUUAACAUCCACGUGCGCCGCCUCAACCUGCUCCUUGCAGCCAUGCAGCGCAAACUACAUAAGGUUGUGUUUCCUGCAAUGACAUGCCAACGCCGCCUCGUGGCCUUUUCAGACGCAUCCUUUGACAAAGAAGGAGACAGCAAGGGCUACGGCAUGCGAGGCUCUGUGUUCCUCCGGUGGGGCGUCAAUGCCCAAGGCAAGGAGGUAUGCCACCUGCUUGAGGCUCAGUCUCAGAGUCUUAAACUUGUCACUCGGAGCACUUUCUCAUCCGAGACCCUGGCCGCAGUGGGCACAGUCGACCAACUGGUCCCGAUGCUCUUUGCCUUUCAGGAGGUCCUGAAGGGACCCCUUUCCAGUCAGCAAGCCAGGACACUCCGUGAGAAAGGCGGCUUCGAAAUGGCAUCCGAGCUCAUCAUCGAUGCCAUGAACUUGUUUUGGGCCCUGUCCGCAACCAGCCCUCGAAUGCCAGCAGAACGCACGCUGUUCGUGCACAUUAACUGGCUGCGCGACUUGCUUCAGUCAGAUAUGCCACGUGUCCUGAAAUGGAUGGACACACGUACCUCUGUAGCUUGA